CACAAAACAACAACAACACACGCAUCAUGUUAGACCUACUUAAAAAGAAAGGCGACGGCUCGUCCGCCACCCUUGACGGCUCGUUCCAAGACGAGUCUGUAGACAAAAUCGAGCAAGAGUACGAGGAGUACCACGAGAGAGAGGAGGCUCCUUUGACAUGGAAGACGUGGUUCAUCUGUGGUUUCGCGUCGUUCGGUGGUAUCUUCUUCGGUUACGACUCGGGAUACAUUUCCGGUGUCAUGGGAAUGGAGUACUUUGUGCACCAGUUCACAGGCAAGAUCAACGAUGGCACAGACAGCUUUGCCUUGGAGUCGUGGCAGAAGUCCUUGAUCACGUCGAUCUUGUCUGCCGGUACCUUUUUCGGGGCCUUGAUUGCCGGUGACAUGGCCGACUUUGUCGGAAGACGUACCACCGUCAUCAUCAGCUGUGCGGUGUUCAUCAUCGGUGUCAUUCUCCAAACGGCCUCCUCCAGCAUCGCUCUCUUGACAGUCGGAAGAAUCAUUGCAGGUUUUGGUGUCGGAGGUGUUUCCGCAACAAUCAUCCUCUACAUGUCUGAAAUCGCUCCAAAGAAGGUCAGAGGCUCCACUGUCGCCGGCUACCAGUUCUGUGUCACCCUCGGGUUGUUGAUUGCCUCCUGUGUCGACUACGGUACCAAGGAAAGAACCGACUCGGGCUCCUACAGAAUCCCCAUUGCUAUCCAGAUGUUGUGGGCCAUCAUCCUCAUGACCGGUUUGUUUUUCCUACCUGAGUCCCCAAGAUUCUACAUCAAGAAGGGCAAGCCAGACCAGGCGAUCAGAGUGUUGGCUAUCUUGAGACAACAACCAGAAGACUCCUCAUAUGUUCAAGACGAAAUCGCCGAGAUCAUCGAAAACCACGAAAGAGAAGCCGCCUUGAUCCCAACCCAAACCUACUUUCAAUCCUGGACCUCCUGUUUCACCGGUAGUCUCAGAGACCAAUCCUCCAACCUCAGAAGAACCAUCUUGGGUACCUCUCUACAAAUGAUGCAGCAAUGGACCGGUAUCAACUUCAUCUUCUACUUCGGUACCACCUUCUUCCAAGAGUUGGGUACCAUCAAAAACGAGUUCUUGAUCUCCAUCAUCACCACCUUGGUCAACGUCGGUUCCACCCCAUUGUCCUUCUACACUGUCGAAAAAAUGGGAAGAAGAGUCCUUUUGAUCUACGGAGCCGUCGGUAUGGUUGUCUGUGAAUUCAUUGUUGCGAUUGCCGGUACCGUCGACGGUGGGAACCCUAAGACUGUCAGUGCCAUGAUUGCUUUCAUCUGCAUCUACAUCUUCUUCUUUGCAUCCACCUGGGGGCCAGGUGCGUGGAUUGUCAUUGGUGAAAUCUUCCCAUUGCCAAUCAGAUCCAGAGGUGUUGCUUUGUCAACUUCUUCCAACUGGCUGUGGAACUGUAUCAUCUCCGUCAUCACCCCAUACAUGGUUGGUAGCGACAAGGGUAACCUUGGUGCCAAGGUCUUUUUCAUCUGGGGGUCCUUGUGUGGCUGCUGUUUAAUCUACGCCAUUUUCCUUGUUCCAGAGACCAGAGGCUUGACCUUGGAAGAAGUCGACGACAUGCUGGCCGAAACCAGCCCAUUGACCUCCUACAAGUGGAAGCCACACCGUGUUGAACACUCUGACGACUUCUUGAAGGAGAAGUCAAAUGUCGACCACAUGGAAAACGUCUCUGUUGACGAACAGGUUUAAGACGCAACCCUUUUUCCCUCGUUACGACAACUACAACGAUAAUAACGUACUUUUUACUUCUUUCUCUCUUUCUGUUGAACUUACCCUCUUUGGCUUAAGUAACGCCAUGUAUAAUUUCCCUACUUUCUCCAAUAUACAAUACAAAAAGAUAAUGUGAUUCUCGAGAUCUCGAUCUGCUACAUGUUUCUUUUGCGAUGCCCAACAGAAUUGCGUGACCCGGCAAUAAAACCCGACACGGGCGGCAAUCUGGAUCCAGCUAGCCAGCACUAAGAGCAAUCGUGCUAUGUGCAGGUAGGCAGCACAAGGAGCAAUCGUGC